UACAUUCCACCAGUUGUCAGCCGGCAACGGCACAUUUUUGUUUUAAAUAGCCGUUCUCUGCAAGAGGUACACACUCGUUGGUUUCGUUACUCCCGAUCCAAGUGCGCUGCUGUUGGGCUUCUCCCGUAGCUGCGACUUAUCAAAGUUUCAAUCGCUCAGCCUCAGGCCAAUCCAUUUCCAUCACCGGCAGACUAGAUUGUGUGACCGACACAGGAAACAGCGAAACAGCAUGUCGAAGCCACAGUACAAAGUUGCUGACAUCAGUCUGGCCGACUUCGGUCGCAAAGAAAUCAUGCUCGCCGAAAACGAGAUGCCCGGGUUGAUGGCCUGCCGGCAGAAAUAUGGCGCGCAGAAGAUUCUGAAGGGCGCCAAAAUCGCCGGAUGUCUGCAUAUGACCAUCCAGACGGCGGUACUCAUUGAAACGCUAGUCGAGCUGGGAGCGGAGGUCCAAUGGAGCAGCUGUAACAUUUUCAGUACGCAGGACCACGCGGCGGCUGCCAUCGCGAAGGCCGGUGUUCCCGUGUACGCAUGGAAGGGCGAAACUGAUGAGGAGUAUCUGUGGUGCAUUCGGCAGACGCUGGUCUUCCCGGACGGUCAGCCCCUGAACAUGAUUCUGGACGAUGGUGGCGAUCUGACCAAUCUCGUGCACACCGAGUAUCCGCAGUAUUUGCCCGGGAUUCGGGGCGUCAGCGAAGAGACCACAACCGGAGUGCACAAUCUGUACAAAAUGAUGAAGGAGGGCAAGCUGGGCGUUCCGGCGAUUAAUGUGAACGAUUCCGUCACCAAGAGUAAGUUCGAUAACCUCUACGGAUGUCGGGAAUCGUUGCUGGAUGGGAUCAAGCGGGCGACGGAUGUUAUGAUUGCGGGGAAAGUUUGCGUCGUUGCGGGAUACGGCGAUGUUGGCAAGGGUUGCGCCCAGGCCUUGAAGGGAUUCGGUGGCCGAGUGCUGGUUACGGAAAUUGACCCGAUAAACGCGCUCCAGGCUGCGAUGGAAGGGUACGAGGUUACAACGAUGGAGGAAGCUAGCAAGGAGGCGCAAAUCUUUGUGACCACUACCGGCUGCACCGACAUCAUUAUGGGGGAACACUUUAUGAAUAUGAAGGACGAUUCGAUUGUGUGCAAUAUUGGGCAUUUUGAUUGUGAAGUCAAUGUUGCCUGGCUUGAGCAAAAUGCCAAGGAGAAGGUCAAUAUCAAGCCACAGGUGGAUCGCUAUCUGCUGCCGAGCGGUAAUCACGUUAUUCUGCUGGCCGAGGGGCGCCUCGUAAAUUUGGGCUGUGCCACCGGUCAUUCUAGCUUCGUGAUGUCGAACUCCUUCACCAACCAGACUUUGGCUCAGAUCGAGUUGUGGACCAAACCGGAGGACUACAAGGUUGGCGUUCACGUGCUACCGAAGAGGCUGGAUGAGGAGGUGGCAGCGCUGCAUCUCGACAAGCUUGGCGUUAAGCUGACCAAGCUGACACAGAAACAGUCGGAUUACCUCAAUCUGCCAGUCGAGGGACCGUACAAACCGGAUCACUACCGGUACUAAAACGUGUGCUAUUGAGUGAUACAUUUUAUUGGGAACCUAAUAAACAUAUUUUACGCCAACGAUAUAA